AUAACGUCACGAAAUCGCCCGCCGCAUAGCUAUUUAAGCACACAGAUACGUUUUAGAACAAUACCACUGCUGCAGAAGUUGCCGUCCGCACAUCGCAUCAACAAGUACACUGUAAUAUGAGUGACGAGGAAAUUGCGAGGGUUGUUUUCGGCGAGGCGAGAGGCGAGCCGUACCAAGGUCAGCUGGGCGUGGCUUAUACCAUUUUUAAUCGUUCUCGCCACCCGGGUUACCUCAACUCACCAAGGGACCUACUUUACGAGCGGGCGACCGACGGACGUCACAAGUAUGAGACCCUCGACGAUGCAGGUCACACGCAAGCCUGGAGCAAGGCAAAACAGACGCGCAAUGACGAGUACACGAGUGCCAUGAGGGCUGCUCAGGCCGCUAGGUCAGGGUCAGAGCCUGAUCCUACAAGAGGUGCCACGGAUUUCGCCUCGAAACAGAAUUGGCCUUCUGUUAGCGAUAAUCAGUACUGGCGGGCUACGAAUAAAACGCAGAUCGGCAACCAGUGGUUCGUGGGACGAGAAAAGAAAUAAGAGCUUACACCGAGUAUCAUGUAAUUAUCAACUCUGACUUGAUACCGUUAUGUACUUAUUCAGUGUAGACAAUACAUGUUUAUUCGUGUUUUUUCUCUUUUUUAUCCGGCGAAUGUUGACUGAUUUAAAAUAUGCUGUAUUCACAAUAGACAUUCAUUUAUAUGUACAAUUUCUGAACUGUUAUAACGUCAAAUAUUCAAUAUAUACCAGUAUGAUUGUGUUUUACCACAAAAUGUUUACUAAAUGUCUUUCUUGUUUUCAAAACUAAUUUGAUAUCGUGAAUGAAAUAUUAGUAUAUACACACGGCAGCGUAUUUAAUCUUCUCUUUUUCAAUCUCAGACUAUUUAUGAAUUUCAUACUUAAGGGGUUAAUAAAAGAGCAUCGUUGCAUAA